ACAUCCAAACAAGACCUGUUCUUAUUAUGUUUCUCUUGUUGUGACAGCAAGAGCUCUCUCUUCACCACCAUAAAUGAAGGGGAAUUUCCUGGUUUUUGUCCUCCUCUAGCAGCAACAAAUCCCCAAAACUUCCUUGUUUUUGUUUUCUUAUCAUCAGCAAACAAUCUCUUUUUCUUCAGAGAGCAUCAAGAAGCAAAAUUAAGAAAGAAACAAGAGAGUUUGGUGGGAAAAGAAUUGGAGAGAAAGAAAGACAAAAGGGUCUAUACUUCUUCUUUUUUAUAUAUAUCUUUUACUUUUCCUUCUUCCUUCUUCUUUCAAUGUCAAAUAUCACAGGUGAAGGUGGGAGCUUCUCUUCUGGGAAUACUACUGCUGUUGGUGAAGUAGAAGUUCAACAACAAGAGCUGAUUAUUAAUCACUUUAACACCAUAGCUUCAAGCACUACUGCAACUAAUACUACUGAUGGCUCCACUACUCAACAACAUCAACCUUCAACAGUUAAGAAGAAGAGAAACUUACCAGGAAAUCCAGACCCUAGUGCAGAAGUUAUUGCUUUAUCACCAAAUGCCCUCUUGGCUACAAACAGAUUUAUCUGUGAAAUCUGCAAUAAAGGUUUCCAAAGAGAUCAAAAUCUCCAGUUGCAUCGACGAGGCCAUAACCUACCGUGGAAGCUUAGGCAAAGAACAAGCACAGAAAUCAGGAAAAGGGUUUAUGUUUGCCCAGAACUUUCAUGUGUUCAUCACAAUCCAGCUCGUGCAUUAGGUGAUCUUACAGGAAUCAAGAAGCAUUUUUGUAGAAAACACGGAGAAAAGAAAUGGAAAUGUGAUAAAUGCUCUAAGAAAUAUGCAGUGCAAUCAGAUUGGAAAGCUCAUACAAAGACCUGUGGUACCAAGGAGUAUAAAUGUGAUUGUGGCACCAUCUUCUCCAGAAGGGAUAGCUUCAUCACUCACAGAGCUUUCUGUGAUGCCCUAACAGAAGAAAAUAACAAAGCAAACCAAGGAUUAGCGCCCAAUAUGGAACGAAACUUGCAUGGCCAAGUCCCCAACCUCAUAUCUAUGCCUAUUAACAACAAUCAAGACCAGUCUACCAUAAUAUCCAACUUUAACAAUAUAGACGCCAAAAUCCAAUUGCCCCUACCCCAUGAACUCAUGCCAAUGCCACCAAAACCCUCAGGAACCAUAUUUUCAAGCAGCACUACAAGCCUUUUUGGUGGUGCAAGAAGCAUGUCAAAUUGUUCCUCAUCCCUUCAGUUAAGUGCAAAUUCUUCAACAAUCUUUGAAGGAAUUGGGCAUCUAUCUGCUGGCUCAGCUUCAAUGUCUGCCACUGCAUUGCUGCAAAAAGCAGCUCAAAUGGGUGCAACUGCAAGUAGUGCUGACCUGAACUGUCCAGUGACUCACAAGAGCUUUGUUACUAGCAUGACACCCUCAACAUUUGGUCCAAUGCAGACCUCAAAUGACCAGUCUCAAGUGACAGCAGGAGGCAAUGGAGGAUUUCUCAACCAGUUUUUCAAUGCAAAUGUUGGGGUUGAGAACUCAGCUGCAAACGAUGUGGAUAUUUUUAGUGGGGUUUUGGACCAAACUAGUGCAUUAUUCAAAAAUAUGGAGCAGGAAAAUAGCAAUGAUAAGAGCCUUUUUCAUGGUGUAAAUUCAAAUCCUGGUUUAAGUGCCUCUUCGAGGAGAGCUAAUCCACGUGGGUUAACGAGGUUUAAUGGGGACGUGAUGACUGUUGAUUUCUUAGGAGUAGGAGUAUCAAGACAAAGUAAUCUCCAUGAGCACCAGAAACAGGAAAUAGAGUUUAGAGGAAUUGGUCAUCCAAGAAUUCGUCAAGGUCUGGGUCACUUCGAGCAAACAGCUUUGGAGAAAGCCAUGUGGGAUGUCUGAAAAAGAAACAGUAAUCCAUAAUUUCUAGCUAGUCCUUGUAAUGAGUUUCUCUAAUUGCCCUUUUUUCAAAAGAAGAUUUUUGCUUCUCCUUUUUUUUGUUUUAAUAGAUGUAUUGAUGUCAGCAGUCAGCCAUAGUCUUUGCUAAAGAGCAAAAUGAAGAGGAUUUUUGGAGAAAAAUUAGCAAUUUAGUUUGAGUAGAAGAAACUUUAGAGGUGAUCUAUAAACUUCUUCUUUCACUCUCUA